AUGCACCUGCCAAGGCAGAGCAGCAUAUGUGUCUCAGCACCAAUUCUCCCCCAUCAUUCCAAGAAGAAACGAAACAUGCCAAUUUUCCAAUUCCCAUAUUUAUUCUCCUGUGUAACCUCCUCACCCAAGGUACCGCCGAAAGGUGACAGGAGGUUCUACAAUCCUCACCUAGCGUCUCCUCAAACUGAGCUGCAUGGUAAAUCCUCUUUGACACUCUCCCAAAACGUCAAGAUCAUCGCCAUCACACCACCUUUUUUCCAAAACGCACACACACCAACCCUUUUUCUAUCACUGUUCUCCUCCCCGCAAGAUCUAUUGUCACACUCAGUCAGUCAGUCACACAACACAAACCGUUACAAUGUCACCUACCCUUCCCAGCAGGAAAAAAACCUCCUUCGCUUCCAGAGUUCCUGUCGGCGAUGGAAAGGGUGUGACAGAAAAAAGAAAAAGAAAAAAGCAUGGCGUUGCAAUGAUAGACACAAACAACUCAAUCGUUUUCCUAUUGGAUACCGACCACAGCUUUAG